AUGGAGAUCAUUCAACCAAUUGGUCUUGAUAUUUUCUUCGCUUUUACCACUCUCUACAAAUUUUAUUUAUACACAGUGUAUACAUUGUUUGCUAACAUUUCUUCAAAUACAGUGAGUUCCACUACGAUUAACUUGGAAGAAGCUUUCACAUAUCCAGAACAUGAUACUAAAGUAUCCGAGGCAUUACAAAAAACUUUUAAGACGAUCAGAGAGGAGUUGAACAGGUGUGUGAAAGAGGCUACAAAUGGAGAGGUGACCUUUUUCAAGAUACCACAAGUUUCUCAAAUGAUAAACAUCAAACAACCACCAUUUUUUGGCCUUUAUGAAAGAGCAAUUGCCGCAGAAAGUUUAACACAUCUUUUUAACGCUAUUGAAAAGAUUACAGAAAAAAGAAUGAUGGAGUUAAUACCAAAGAAAUCAAGAGCGUAUGUGACGCAGUUUUUAAAAUCCAUGAAAACAGCUACCGAAGAAGUGAAAGAGAGUAUUUAUGGAAGAACUGUCAAAUACUUACUAUUUGACUUUCCCUACAUGGAAAAAUAUCCUGACAAGAUUGCCAACUGCAAAUAUCAAAUUCAAGUUCUAGGUGACCAAUGCAACAAAUUUGUCUUCGAAUUGAGAGAUGAUAUUAAGAAAUUUUUCUCCAUCAAAUUACAAACCAUGGAUGAUAGAUUACCAGAACAUUCCAUUCAUGCUCUUUGGGAUGUAGCCAUCAAGUAUGUGGUGGAUUUACUUGUCGAAGGCUUUGCAAGGGUCAAGAAAUGUAAUAAUGAAGGCAGAGUGUUAAUGCAAUUAGAUUUGCAAACAUUGACCACUGAAUUGCAGAAAAUGAUACCUGCAUCGUUAAUAGAAGAACACAAGGGCUAUGUUCCUCAUGUAGCCGUUGCCCGAAGCUACAUUUCAGCUUAUUAUGAACAAAGCGAAUCAGAUCUGUUAGAAUGGGUCAAGAAAAAUGUACACAACUUUACAGUUAAACAGUUAGUAGCAAUUGCCAACAAUGGUAUUGGUGCCAACAUGAAAAAGAAUGACCUCAAACAAUUGACCUCACAAAUAGAACAGCUUGCCACAUCACUGAAAAUGCAGAAGGAGCACAACGAGCUUAUUGAAAAUUCAAGCGACGAGAGUUUGAUGAAUAAUUUCUCGAAUGGAACAGGCUCUGGUGAUCCAAUUGCAUCGAUUGGAAGCGCAAUUCCUGCAAUGCAUAAGGAGGAGCAGAGCACAAUAUCCAUGAUCAGAUCAGGAUCGUUUGCAUCAACCAAAGAACUCCUUUCAUCUCUCACCAGAAGCACUAGCUCUACCACUAUCUCUAAAGAUUCAACAGCAUCAAGAGCCAGUACUGAUACCAUGCACAAUCCAAUUAACAUUACCUUAACAAACCACUCCCCAUCCACAUCCAGGACCAGCAUUGAUGCUGCUUCACGACCAAGUUUGGACAAGCCAAAGGACACUCUCGUUUCAACAACAACUGAUAAGAUGAAAAACUUUUUACAAGGAAGUAUGAACUAUUUGAAACGAAAUCCAACAAACACUCCCCCAAAUAAUAAAUAA